CCUACCUCUACAUUGCCCAACAAAGGCCGGCACCACCUAAUCCACGGCCAGAGACACUCUCCAGCCCUUCUGAACCCCUCCAGCUCACCACCCAACCGACCUUAGCACCAUGGGCUUAGAGGCAGCAGGAAGCAGCAAGGAUCGCCACCCGUCGAACCCCUUCCACACCCGGGCCAAGGUUCCCUCGCCCGUCAAGCAGCGCUCUGUCGACAUCGAUGGCCUCGCAGGCCUGCGGGAGGGCAUGGGCCGCAUGAAUAUUGCCGACCGGGGCAGCGGCGAGUUUGUCCUGCCGGAGAAGACGUCCAAGGACAAGAUCAGCGCCCGCGAUCUCGACCGCUUCGUUCCUUCUCGCCCAGUGUCACAGCACUCUUCGUUCUCGCACCCCGCCGAGACACCCGACACAUCGAUGGACUCGACGCACAGCGCCCCAGCGCACUCCGGCCCGUUCACCCUCGCCCAGCCGGGCCGCCGUAUUCUCUCGUUCCGUGCUGCUCCUCCCCCCGCAUCGCACGCCACAUCCCACCUCGAUGCUCAGCGAAACUACCUUCUUCACAGCUCGACUGCAGCCAACCGCGGUGCGACGAAUGGCGCCGCCGCUGCGUCUGCUGCCGCCAAGAAGCGCUCCCCGCCAUACCUCCCCGACCGCGUGCUCGACGCCCCCGGCUUUGUGGACGACUACUACCUCAACCUCGUGGACUGGAGCUGCUCGAACCGUGUGGCUAUUGGCCUGGGAUGUGUCCCAUAUGUGUGGGAUGCUGAAUCGGGCGAUGUCAUGGCGCUCGGCGAGGAGACCGAGGAGUCAACUCCGGUCACUUCCGUCAAGUGGUCGCCAGACGGAGCUUUCCUAGCAACUGGUAACGAUAAUGGUGACAUUGAGAUCUGGGAUGUUGAAGAGAGCAAGCGAAUGCGUGUCAUGCGCGGCCACAAUGCCCGUAUCCCUACGCUUUCGUGGAACGGCCACGUUCUCUCGUCAGGAUGCCGCGACGGCACGAUCUUCCACCACGAUGUGCGUAUCGCGCAGCACAAGGUCCAGGAGUUGCGUGGGCACUCGGCCGAGGUGUGUGGUCUCGCUUGGCGCCCCGAUGGCCAGCUGCUCGCAAGUGGCGGUAACGACAACGUUGUGAACUGUUGGGAUGCUCGUGUCGGCCAGCCGAUCAACGCCCCAGAGAACGAGUACCGUGUCGUUCCCAAGUGGACGAAGCGCAACCACACGGCGGCAGUCAAGGCCCUCGCAUGGUGCCCGUGGCAGUCCAACCUCCUCGCGACCGGCGGCGGCAGCCAGGACCAGCACAUCCACUUCUGGUCGACGACGACGGGCGCGCGCACGUCGUCGCUGCACGCCAAGUCGCAGGUGACGUCGCUCAUCUGGAGCCCGCAUUCAAAGGAGAUCCUCUCGACGCACGGCUUCCCCGACAACAACAUCUCGCUGUGGUCGUACCCGUCCCUGCAGAAGAUCUACGACGUGCCCGCGCACGACAACCGUGUGCUCGCGUCGUCGCUCUCCCCCGACGGAUGCACCGUCGCCACCGGUGCCGGCGACGAGAACCUCAAGUUUUGGAAGAUCUGGGAACCCAAGGCUGUCGGCAAGAAGGCCGACUCGGGCGACCGCGAGGCGCGCGGCGUGUCCAAGGUUCGCAUUAGGUAGUGGCUUGCUCGUGUUGUGUUCUUCUGUCCUGUCCCGUGGCCGAUUGUACCCUUGUAGUCCCUAUUCAUGCUACAUACGUACAGUUACUGUACAGGUGCGUCGAUUACUCAUCUUCGUCCUCCAUCGGCUCCUCAUCGUCGUCGUCUUCAUCUUCGUCG